GUGUCUACGGCCCGAGCGCCAUGACGCGGGAUGAGCAGUGCGGGGAGGAGCUCAGCUACGACCGGAUGCCCACCCUGGAGCGGGGCAGGCCCGAGGCCGGGAGCUACGCCCCUGACGCCAAGCCCAACGACCUUCAGCUGACCACGAGGCUGCCCCCGUGCCUCAGCCACAAGACGUGGGUCCUCUCCGUGUUGAUGGGGAGCUGUCUGCUUGUGACUUCAGGGUUUUCGCUCUAUUUGGGAAACGUGUUUCCCUCGGAAAUGGAUUACUUACGCUGUGCCGCAGGGUCGUGCCUUCCCUCAGCAAUCGUGAGCUUCGCUAUUUCACGGAGAAACAUCAGUGCGAUCCCUAACUUUCAGAUCCUGUUUGUGUCCACAUUCGCCAUCACCACUGCCUGCUUGAUCUGGUUUGGAUGCAAACUGGUGGUGAACCCCUCAGCAAUAGACAUAAAUUUUAAUCUGAUUCUGCUCCUUCUGUUGGAGCUUUUCAUGGCGGCCAUGGUGAUCAUCUCAGCACGGUCGAGUGAGGUGCAUUGUAAGCAGAAGGGUCCCAUGCCAGAUAGCUCCAACGUUCUGUGUGAAGUGGCAUUUCCCGCCCGGGUCCUGAAGUCCUAUUCAGUCAUCGAGGUGGCUGCCGGCGUCUCUGCCGUCCUGGGUGGAGUCAUCGCUCUGAACGUGGAUGACGCUGUCCCGGGGCCACACCUCUCAGUGACCUUCUUCUGGAUCUUAGUGGCCUGUUUUCCGAGUGCCAUUGCCAGUCACGUCACAGCCGAGUGUCCCAGCAAGUGCCUGGUGGAGGUGCUGAUCGCCAUCUGCAGCCUCACGUCCCCGCUGCUGUUCACUGCCUCUGGGUACCUGUCAUUCAGCAUCCUGAGAAUCCUGGAGCUCUUCAGAGAUUACCCGCCGGCCAUCGAGCAGUCCUAUGACGUGCUGCCUCUGCUGCUCAUGCUGGAGCUGCUGCUGCAGGCAGGCCUCAACACGGGCACCGUCAUCCAGUGUGUGCGCUUCAAGCUGGGCGCGUCCUGGGAUGCUGCGCAGACCGGCCGGCAGGAGCGCCCAGCAGGGGAGGUGCCCAGAAGCCCCCUGAAGGAGUUCGACAAGGAGAAAGCGUGGAGGGCCGUCGUGGUGCAGAUGGCCCAGUGA